GACGUGGCGGCGGCGCACGGCCCAGAAGGCGGAGACGUUGGGGUGGCGGCGACCGCGGCGGUGGGCACGGACAACUCAAACUGCAGGUUUUGCCAUGAGCUUGCCCGGGACAGCAGCGGCAGCGGUGGACGCGGUAGCUGUGUCCUCGCUACGUCCCACCUGCUAACGGGACAGAUUUUAACAUUAUGGCAGGGAGGCAUCAGAAUCGUAGUUUUCCCCUUCCGGGAGUUCAGUCAAGUGGUCAAGUACAUGCAUUUGGAAAUUGUACAGACAGUGAUAUGUUGGAGGAGGAUGCUGAAGUGUAUGAGCUUCGAUCCAGAGGAAAAGAGAAAGUCCGAAGAAGUACAUCAAGAGAUAGACUUGAUGACAUUAUAGUAUUAACAAAAGAUAUACAGGAAGGAGAUACUUUAAAUGCAGUAGCCCUUCAGUAUUGUUGUACGGUAGCAGAUAUCAAGAGAGCUAACAAUCUCAUCAGUGAUCAAGACUUUUUUGCCCUCAGGUCUAUCAAAAUUCCAGUGAAAAAGUUUAGUUCAUUGACUGAAACACUUCAUCCUCCAAAAGGAAGACAAGCAUCACGUCCUUCAUCUGUUCAGUAUGCUCCAGAACAACAGGAAAUUCUACCAGCUAAUGAUUCUCUUUCUUCCAGUGAGUCCGCUGGUAGCUUUUUAAAAGAAGUAGACCGAGACAUAGAACAAAUAGUAAAGUGUACAGACACCAAGAGAGAGAACCUCAAUGAGGUAGUGUCUGCCUUAACACAACAAAUACGUUUUGAAUCUGAUAGCAAGAACAUUCAACGUAAGGAUCCCUAUUAUGGAGCAGACUGGGGAAUAGGGUGGUGGACAGCUGUAGUGAUAAUGUUGAUAGUAGGUAUAAUAACACCUGUGUUUUAUUUGCUGUAUUAUGAAAUUUUAGCCAAAGUGGAUGUUAGUCACCAUUCAACAGUGGACUCUUCACAUUUGCAUCCAGGAAUCACACCCCCAUCACAGCAGAGAGAAAUGGAAAAUGGAAUUGCUGCAACUAAAGGAAUACACUUUGGCCAACAAGAUGAUCAUAAACUAUAUAGUCAAGAUUCUCGGUCACCUUCUGCUCCGCACAAAACAUAGCAGUUAGCUUAUAAUCACAAAGUUAGUGAUCACUUGUGCAUCUGGAAUGUGGUGGAUAAUAUUCAGGAACCCACUUUGAAGGAAGAAUUUAGGAAGACUGAAGAUGCUUUUAUUUUUUUUUACCUUUAAAAAAAUUUUUGAGCCAUGUACAAGUGGAUUGUAUAUAAAACCUCUACAGUUGUUAGUUGAUGUUGAGAGCAGUCAAUCCAUUCAUCUAUUGUAUCCAUGCUUAAAGUAGAAAUGAAUUUAAGUGUAUGUUUAGGAAGUUCUUUACUUGGAAGGUAUAUCAUUUUUGUUACUCAAAACUAGUAAUGUUUAAGUUUGAUUUUUUAAAUUAUUUUUGGUUUAAGGUUAUUAAUGUUAAUUUUAUGAAGCAAAAUAAUGAUCUCACCAGAUGUCUGCAACUGAAGAAAAUUUACUACUGAAAACCACCAAAAUACUUAGUUGCAAAAAAAGUUUGGUUCUAGAAUUAUGGUAGCA